UUUUCAAAGCAUUUAAUUAAAAAGAAAAUGCCGCCUGCUCGUAAAGUACCAAAAUUACAUAAAAAAGCAAUUGUCGUUAAAAAAGGAACAGAAUUUUCUGAUAUUUUAAAGCAACAAUUUGUUAUUGGGAAAGAAAUUGGACAGGGAGGUUUUGGAAGAAUUUAUGAAGGAAUUGAGAAAACUACAAAAAAAUCUGUUGCGAUAAAAAUGGAACCACAAGGAAAUGGACCUUUAUUUACUGAAAUGCAUGUUUAUAUGAGAGUAUUGAAAGUGGAUAUGUUGGAGGAAUGGAAACGAUUAAAAGGUUUAAAAUUCCUUGGACUUCCUCACUAUAUUAGUUCUGGCUCUUUUACUUAUGAAAAUACAGAAAUUCGUUUUUUGGUUAUUCCAAAAUUUGCAAUUUCUCUUGAAUCCAUUCGUGAGUCGAAACCUGGAAAUGUUUUUACUUUUAAUGAGACAAUGUUAAUUGCUAAAACAAUUUUGUAUAGUUUGGCUUAUUUACAUGAUCAGAAUUACGUUCAUGGAGAUGUUAAAGCUUCAAAUUUAAUGUUAGAAAGUAAAACUGGUUCUGAUCUCUCUCGUGUUGUACUUAUUGAUUUUGGACUUGCUAGGAAAUUACCUGACGAAAUUAUUGAAAAAGAAAAUAAAAAACAAGCUCAUAACGGGACUCCUUUAUUUACUUCUUGUGAUGCACAUAGGGGUUGUUUGCCUUCAUUUAGAGGGGAUUUGGAGAUUUUGAUUCAUAAUAUGCUUUAUUGGAUUAUUGGAUCUCUUCCAUGGCAGGAUUAUACUGAUGACCCAGAGAAAGUAUUUCAACAGAAAAAAUUAUUUAUUUCUAAUGCAAAAAAGGAAAUUUCCAAAUUAAUCCCCGAAAAGAAAAUAUCUUCUUCAAUAGCCAAUUUAUAUUUAAUUUCUUCCAAAAUGGCUUUUGGCGAUAAAAUUGAUUUGGAACGAGUAAUUAAAUUAUUUACAAUUACAAAAGAAGUAAAGGAAGUUGAAAAUAAAUAA